GAUCGUCCUGAGCUGCUCAGACUGACACAGCACAGCAGCAGAUACCAAAUUAUUGACUGACAGUGAGUGCCUGCAGCUCCUCCCUCCCUCCUGCUGACCUCCCCAGUCUGGCUGAACAGAGUAACUCAGAGUGCUGGGCUCAAUGCACUUCCAGUAACGGGGGUGAAAAUGAAAAUGCUGGCAAAAGCAGGACACAGAACCCAAAGGUGAAAGGAAAUGUCUGCAGAGCCCACAGGGCCAGCACGGGCUCAUCUGUCGCCCACGGCAGGAGGGCAGCAGGACAAGGCCAUUAGCAGGGUAAUUAAUUACAAGAAGGACAGUGCUUGAUGUCACCCCUCUGCUCUGACAGCCAGUGCAACAGCAAAGACAGAAAUCCAGGGAGUGUUCCACUCUGAGACAGUGCUUGCACCAGAGACAAGGCUGAAGGAGUGGUCAAGGGAUAGAUUUUUUUUUAAAAGUGAAAGAAUUAUUUAAAAAGAGGAAGUUUAGGGAUGAUAAGUAACUGUUCCAGGCACACAAAACCAAACACACCCCUCCCUCACUGACACACUCAGAAGACACUGCAGAGGACAGCAGAGCACAGCAAUCCACAGAGGGUGCAUCUCUAAAUAAAACAGAAGCAGAAGCUAGCAGUUCAUCAUCUGGAAUCUGAAGCUGCCACUGACUAAGGAAGCAGCUCACAGAGGAUGGUCUAAGGCUCAGGCCUGGGAUGCUCAGCUGCUCCUGCUGCCUCUGCCUGCUCCGAGGGAUUCCCCAGGAACACUCCUGCCCAGUCCCGUGUGAGAGGGAAUACUACAAUGCAAAUGAAAGCCACAGCCCAAUUCAGCUCCUCCAGGAAUGACAGCAACUGCACCAGCGACAGCAGGAUCAGCCAAGUCAUCUUCCCUUUACUCUACACAUUUCUGUUCCUGGUGGGGAUCACUAUGAAUGGCCUGGCAAUGUGGGUCUUCUUUAAAAUAUCCAGUAAAUCAAAUUUCAUCAUCUUCCUCAAGAACAUUGUCAUUUCUGACUUCCUCAUGAUCUUGACUUUUCCAUUUAAAAUCCUCAGUGAUGCAAAGCUGGUAUCCUGGGUCCUGCGAGGGUUCGUGUGCCAGGUCACCCAGGUUGUGUUUUACUUCACCAUGUACAUCAGCAUCCUGUUUCUUGGUCUGAUAACUAUUGAUCGCUAUCAGAAAGCCACUUCCCCAUUCAGAACAUCAACUCCACGCAGCCUUUUAGCUGCCAAGAUCCUGUCCACAGCAAUCUGGGUAUCAAUGUUUGCUCUCUCCUUACCCAACAUGAUUUUAAAUAAUAAGAAGAAAACACCCAAGAGUGUAAGGAAGUGUGCUCUCCUGAAAUCCGAGUUUGGCUUAGUCUGGCAUGAAAUUGUAAACUACAUUUGUCAGCUCAUCUUCUGGGUUAAUUUAGCAGUCAUAGUGGUAUGUUACAUCCUCAUCAGCAAGGAACUGUACAAAUCCUACAAAAGGACACAAUGCACAGGGAAGGCAUCCAAGAAGGCUGUCAAUCUCAAGGUUUUCAUAAUAAUUGCUGUGUUCUUUAUUUGUUUUGUGCCAUUCCACUUUACCAGGAUCCCCUACACCUUGAGCCAAACGAGAGAUGUGUUUGACUGCUCUGCUCAGAGCACCCUGUUCUACCUGAAGGAGACCACGCUGUGGCUGACAUCCCUCAAUGCCUGCCUGGAUCCAUUCAUAUACUUUUUCCUUUGCAGGUCAUUUAGGAAAUCCUUGCUAGACAUGCUGUGCAAGCACAGGGCAGUGUCAGGGCUCAGGGCACAGACAAAGGGGCAGAACGAGGGGGAUGACACUGACGAGACGCCGCUCUAGAUCCCAGGACUCCACACGGCCCUUCCUGGCCACUCGUGUUUAUUGAGGGGGCCAGGAGCACGAGUCCAUGAAGAGCAUCCAGAACUUCACUGACUUCUUUAGAAAUAGUCCUGCAGAUGAAGCAUGAGCCCCCUGGAACCACUGCCUGCAAAACCAGAAAGCUUAAAUAACAGAGGAGCUCCCCUGCCCCCAACCUCCACGUCUGUCAGAACUGCUGGGAAGAAGUCUGGACUUAAAAGUGGAACUGUGAGGAACAACUUAAAACAGAAUCAUGAAAUGCUACAGAUGAUAUAAUGAAAAUUCUGUAAAGAUUUUGCAGAAAUAGCUAAGCUUGGGCCAGAGUAAAGUCCAUGACAGGACCUGAGAAAUGCAGAUAAAAUCCAGAGAUGUGCAUUUUCUGUACAGGGAGUUAUCACCUUGUAGGCAACUGGCAGAGAAACAGAAACCUAGGCCAGAUGUAGAGGAGUCAUUUGUGCAGAUUUUUGCUUACACUUUGCUUAUCUCAUUCUGUGCUUGCAGUUCCUAAUCCAUUGACCAGUAAUUAAUAGUUGUAUGUCAGAGGAAAUUAUUUCAUAAUCAGGCUUAUCUUGGUAUUAAUCAAAUCUCCAAGUCCUUCCCCCUACUACAUAAAUAAACAAAACUGUAUGUUUUCACAGAGAACAUUAUAUUAGAAAACAUACAAACACUCGAUUUACAUCAUACUGAGAUCCUGGGGAAAGACGGGCUCAUGGUAACCACUGAUGAUUAAGGGCAGCUUUUUGCACUAUAUAAAAUACUCAACCACUUCCUUUUUUGCACUUGGAAAACUUGAAAUAAACCAGGGAAGUAUUUUCAAGUACAUGACAUUUUGAGGUAUCACAGCAAUUGCAUGUGAAAUAGAUUGUGGGCUACUGGAAUAAAUUGUGGUUCAUUUAUCAGCACUGCAAA